UGCAUUUAUGUAAGUAUUUAAUUGAAGAAUGGAACAUAUUUAGAACAUAAAAGGACCGACGAAAUUCUAUCUUUCAUCCAAAUUCCAUCAAUUAAUUAACUGCCAGCUAUUGCCAAUUUGUGGCUUUAGCCAGAUAUAAUAUGUUCAGCCAGUAUAUAUGCAUUUGUAAUGCGUUUUAUCUAAAUAAAGAUACCUGAUACUUUAGAUUAGAACAUUUUGAAAGGAGCAAAAUUUAGUGUUUCAGCCUAAGGAGUAUUAUUUGACAAGAUGCAAUCCGUUUGGAUCAUAUUAGUUUUCUGUGUUGCAUCAAUUAGUGCUUUUGGAAUGAAGAAAACUUGUGAAAAACUUACUGAAGAAAUAGGUGAUGCAUUCGAUAAAUGUAACGCUCUGUUUCCAGAAGAGCAACUGCAACUUAUUAAUGGGUGUAAAAAAGAGGCAGUCCCAGAUGCACUUACCGAAGAUGCUGUUAAAUCUUAUCCAUACCUUGCUGCUGCAUGUAAAGAUCGUUCUAAAUUUUCGAAGUUCAGUCAGUGCAUGGGAGGACUUAUGCUAAGAGGAGAAGUUACCAAAGUUAAAUUUUUAAAUAAACAAAUGGCUGAGAAUAAAAAAUGCUACCGUAUGGUUGAAGAAAAAUACGAUAUAGGACCAUCAUAGAUUUCCUAAAAAGUAAUAAUCUUCUGUAAUUUUUGUAAGAAAGACAAUUGCAUAUAAAAUGUGAAUAAAGAUUUGUAUUUCCUUGUUUGAA